GCUCACUGAAGCAGCUCUCUUUCUCUCUCUCGUUCUCGGCUAUAAAUACACAAGUCUUUGCCGAGUCUCUACAGCUGUAUUUACAUCUCAACCUGGACGACUCGCAGACCCACGCACCGCUGCUGUCCGCACUCGCUCUGUGUCACAGCUGCUGGAUUUUCACACUGCGAGGAGGUCGCUGCCUGAGGGGUUUCUUUGUUUUCUCAGUUCCUCCUGCAGAGUGUUUCUGGUUCCAGAGGAGAGUUUGUUUGACUCGAUCGAGUGUGUUUUGGAAAGAGCAGCAAUGGGAGACUUUUGGGGAGAUAUUGUCAGUCUGAGAGUUUCCAGAGCCGUGUCCCUGGGAAACGAUGAGGAGGCCGUACUCGACCAGGGGAAGACCAGCUCCACCCUCAACACCAACUUUGAGAAGGAGGAACUGGAGAGUCACAGGGCCGUGUACGUCGGCGUGCACGUUCCUCUGGGCCGACAGAGUCGAAGGCGGCACCGCCACCGAGGACACCGACAUCACCGCAAACGACGGGACCGCUCGGACCGGGAGGACGGACGAGAGUCGCCCUCAAACGACACGCCGUCUCAGAGAGUCCAGUUCAUCCUCGGGACGGAGGACGGAGACGAGGAGCACGUCCCCCACGACCUCUUCACCGAGCUGGACGAGCUCGCCUUCAGAGACGGAGACUUCACGGAGUGGAAGGAGACCGCCAGGUGGCUGAAGUUUGAGGAGGACGUGGAGGACGGCGGUGAGCGAUGGAGUAAACCGUACGUGGCCACGCUGUCGCUCCACAGUCUCUUCGAGCUGCGUUCAUGCAUCCUGAACGGCACCGUGCUGCUCGACAUGAGAGCCAACACGAUCGAAGAGAUCGCAGACAUGGUGAUCGACAGCAUGCUGGUGUCGGGCCAGCUGGAGGAGGACGGUCGGGAGAAGGUGAGGGAGGCCAUGUUGAGACGCCAUCACCAUCAGAACGAGAAGAAGCUGAGCAACAGGAUCCCGCUGGUCCGCUCGUUCGCUGACAUCGGCAAGAAACACUCGGACCCUCAUCUACUGGAACGCAACGGUCUGCUGGCGUCCCCUCACUCGGCUCCGGGAAACCUCGACAACAACAAGAACGGCGAGAGUCGCAUCAACGGAGGCAGCCGAGAGAACAGCACGGUGGACUUCAGCAAGGUGGACAUGAACUUCAUGAAGAAGAUUCCUCAGGGUGCAGAGGCCUCUAACGUGCUGGUGGGUGAAGUCGACUUCCUGGAUCGACCGAUCAUCGCCUUUGUUCGUCUCGCCCCCGCCAUGCUGCUGACCGGCCUCACCGAGGUCCCCGUGCCCACCAGGUUUCUCUUCCUGCUGCUCGGCCCGUUUGGAAAAGGUCCUCAGUACCACGAGAUCGGACGCUCCAUGGCCACUCUGAUGACCGACGAGAUUUUCCAUGAUGUCGCCUACAAGGCAAAGGACCGGAACGACCUGCUGUCAGGGAUCGACGAGUUCCUGGAUCAGGUCACCGUGCUUCCUCCAGGCGAGUGGGACCCCACCAUCCGCAUCGAACCCCCAAAGAGCGUCCCGUCUCAGGAGAAGAGGAAGAUGGCGUCUGCCCCCAAUGGCUCCGCCCACAGCUGUGACACAAUAAAGGAGGCGGAGCAUCAAACAGGACCAGAGCUGCAGAGAACAGGAAGGCUCUUUGGCGGUUUGGUGAACGACGUUCGGAGGAAAGCUCCGUUCUUUUGGAGCGACAUCAAAGACGCAUUCAGCCUGCAGUGUUUGGCGUCCGUCCUCUUCCUGUACUGCGCCUGCAUGUCGCCCGUCAUCACGUUCGGAGGUCUGCUGGGCGAAGCUACCAAAGGAAACAUAAGUGCCAUAGAAUCUCUGUUCGGGGCGUCUCUGACCGGCGUGGCGUACUCUGUAUUUGCUGGUCAGCCUCUCACCAUCCUCGGCAGCACGGGUCCGGUUCUGGUCUUUGAGAAGAUCCUCUUCACGUUCUGCAGCGACUACAAUCUGUCCUACCUGUCCCUGAGGACCAGCAUCGGACUCUGGACCGCCUUCCUCUGUCUGCUGCUGGUCGCCACGGACGCCAGCUCUCUGGUCUGCUACAUCACCCGCUUCACCGAGGAGGCCUUCGCCGCCCUCAUCUGCAUCAUCUUCAUCUACGAGGCUCUGGAGAAGCUGGUGCACCUGGGUGAGCUUUACCCCAUCAACAUGGACAACCAGCUGGACAACCUGACCCUCUACAGAUGUCAGUGUUCUCCGCCUGCCAACGCCUCGGAUGAAGCUCUAAACAUUUGGAGCCAAAGUAACCUAACCUCAGAGGGCAUCGAGUGGGAGCAGCUGAGCGUGAAGGAGUGUGUGGACCUCAAAGGGGUGUUUGUGGGCUCGGCCUGCAGUCCUAAAGGUCCCUUCGUCCCCGACGUCCUCUUCUGGUCCGUCAUCCUCUUCUUCACCACCUUCUUCCUCUCCUCCUUCCUCAAACAGUUCAAGACCAAGAGAUACUUCCCCACCAAGCUUCGGUCAACCAUCAGC